CUGACUGCGAGUCGCUUUAAGACCAUCGGUACCGUCACAUCCCCUCGGACUCUGGAUCAGCUCCUUAUUGGUGACCGCGCGCCGCUAAGGGACUCAUUUUACGCGCGGACACCAGCAGGCGCACAACGCGACCGUGGAGAUACUUGAUCCUCCUGUUGCGCCAUGGAGAACUCCAGCGCGCAGGCAGCUGCCGUCACGGACUUGAUCUCGUACACUUUGAAGCAAACCGUGGAUUCACGGCGCGUUUCGGAGGGAUUUUUUUUCCUGGACGGCGGCGCACUCAGGACUGACGCUGAGGUUGGAUUUAUGACCGCUCCCCAAACCGAACCUCCUCUCCUGGUUCCUGCCUUCUGGGACUCCCCGCUCAGCCACGGCAUCAAUGUGUUCGUCGGGCUGGUCCUCUGCUUCACCAUGCUGGGCCUGGGCUGCACCGUGGAGGUGAGCCAGCUCGGGGAACAUAUCCGCAGACCCAUCGGGGUGUUGCUGGCUCUGGUGUGUCAGUUUGUCAUCAUGCCCCUGGUGGCUUUUCUUCUGGCUUUAGCCUUCUCUCUGGAUGAUGUGGCAGCGAUGGCGGUCCUCCUGUGUGGCUGCUGUCCUGGUGGGAACUUGUCAAACAUCAUGUCUUUGCUGGUCCACGGAGAGAUGAACCUCAGCAUCAUCAUGACCAUAUCCUCCACCCUGCUGGCGCUUGUCCUGAUGCCCCUCUGCCUCUGGAUCUACAGUCGGGCCUGGAUCAACACGCCCGUGGUCAACCUGCUGCCCUUCGGGGCUAUCAUCCUGACCCUGUGCAGCACCCUCAUCCCCAUCAGUUUGGGUGUUAUGCUGAGAUACCGCCACACACGUGUGGCCGACAUUGUUUUAAAGGCGUCCCUGUGGUCUCUGCUCGUCACCCUGGUGAUGCUGUUCGUCCUGACAGGGGUGAUGCUGGGGCCGGAGCUGCUCUCCACCAUCCCUCCCUCCGUGUACGCGGUGGCCGUCCUGAUGCCCCUGUGCGGGUACGCCGCGGGCUACGGCCUGGCCGUGCUGUUCGACCUGCCGCCCAACAGCCGCAGGUCUGUCUCCCUGGAGACGGGGUGUCAGAACGUGCAGCUGUGCACCGCCAUCCUGAAGCUGGCCUUCCCUCCUCAGCUGAUGGGCGGGAUGUACAUGUUCCCUCUGCUGUACGCGCUCUUCCAGGCAGCCGAGGCCGGCAUCUUCAUCCUGGCCUACAAGCUGUACAGGAAGGAGGUCCUGCAUAAAUCGGACCCCGCGAUGGACGAUGGCGAAUCAGACAUAACGUAUCAGAGGUUCCGUGACGAGGACUUUGAGCCGUCUUACGGCGCCGUGACAGUGAGUGACCCGAACACAAUCAUGCUAGAGCCCUGCCCCCCUGACCCUACUCCUGUUUAGUAUUUUAGGAGCCGACGUUCCUUUGCUGCUGCUCUUAGGAGAAGAGACCAGAACAUUCUGAUUGCUGUCGUUCAUUAAAAGAAAAAAACAGACAAACAAACAAGGAGAUGAAUGUGAAAGGUUGACGCGGGGUGCUUUAUGUCAUGAGCUUAAUUCAUUCAAGUUAAUCACUGUUGCCUUUUAAAAUGAAACAACACUGCUGUUCCCUGUGGAGUAAAAAAAAAAUUACAAAGAUGUAUGACCAUGUGUAAGUGAUGAUUUAAAGAACAUAUCAAACCGUGCAACCAAGCCUGUGCCAAGCUGUGUCUGUACAUUACUGUAUAGAGCAA